AUGGCUGACUCGUUGACCGAGGAGCAAGUCUCCGAGUACAAGGAGGCGUUCUCCCUCUUCGACAAGGAUGGCGAUGGCCAGAUCACCACCAAGGAGCUGGGUACCGUUAUGCGCUCGCUGGGCCAGAACCCCUCCGAGUCGGAGUUGCAGGACAUGAUCAACGAGGUUGACGCUGACAACAACGGCACCAUUGAUUUCCCUGAAUUCCUUACCAUGAUGGCACGGAAGAUGAAGGACACCGAUUCCGAGGAAGAGAUCCGGGAAGCUUUCAAGGUCUUCGAUCGCGACAACAACGGUUUCAUUUCCGCUGCGGAGCUGCGCCACGUUAUGACCUCCAUUGGCGAGAAGCUUACCGAUGACGAAGUUGACGAGAUGAUUCGUGAGGCUGACCAGGACGGUGAUGGCCGUAUUGACUGUAUGUGA